AUGGGAAUCCAGUGGGACCACCUCAAACGGCGGCUGGAAGUUCCCAAGGACCAAGACUCCUACUAUGAGAACACAACGUGGUGCAACCGGGAUUUGAUCCCCAUGCCACCCGACCGACGGACUUGGGGACUAUGGGGGUACUUCGGAUACUGGACGGUGUCCGGAUCGUGUAUCUCGGCAUGGUCGACUGGGAGCACCCUUCUGGCCUUUGGGCUCAGCCCCCAGCAAGCCAUCGGCGUCGUGAUAGUAGGAGGCGUCCUUACCGGUCUUCUGGCUGUGGCGUGUGGAUGGCCCGGAGAAAAUCACCACAUCGGUUUCACAGUCUCGUCUCGAUUUUCAUGGGGGAUGCGAGGAAGUUAUUUCCCCGUCAUCCUGCGUGUAUUCGUGGCGUGCAUGUGGUUUGGCAUGCAAGCAUACUGGGGAGGACAAGCAACGCGUGUUAUGUGGGGUGCGAUCAUUCCAGGUUUCGCACAUAUGAAGAACUAUUUCGCCGAGAGCUCUCACCUGUUGACGAAUGACUUCAUCGGGCUCAUCAUCUGGAUGUGCGCAUUCAUUCCACUUGUGCUGGUGCCACCUGAGCGACUACAACUUCCCUUCGCCAUCUCAUUCGUUUUCUUCGCGGGCUCUUGCAUCGGCCUGCUCAUCUGGGCGGUCAAGAAUGCUGGCGGAGCCGGCAGCAUGUUCAACGAGCCUGGCAGCGCACCUAACACCGGUUGGGCGUUCAUGUUCGGUAUCACAGCCAUCCUUGGAUCUUGGGGUUCCGGAACACUGGGCCAGUCUGACUGGACCCGUUACGCCAACCGCAAGUUCGCUCCCACUCUUUCCCAGCUGGUUGCCGCUCCAGUCACGAUUGCCGUCACUGCCAUUAUCGGAAUCAUUGUCACAAGCGCCUCGAGGGAUAUUCUGGGCGGAGAUGUCAUCUGGAAUCCAAUCUAUCUGCUCUCCGACAUUCAGGAGGAGUACCAUUCCAGCUCUAGGGCGCGGGCAGGCGUGUUCUUUGCCAGCGUGGGAUUGGUCACUUCACAGCUUGCAAUCUCGGUCGUCUUGAACUCGGUCUCCACCGGCAUGGAUCUGGCUGGCCUCUGCCCAAAGUAUAUCAACAUAAUCCGAGGCAGCUAUAUCAUGGCGGUCGUCGGCAUUGCAACUCAGCCAUGGCAGCUUGUGAACACUGCGGACCGAUUCCUCAAGGUCCUUAGCGGCUUCGGUGUCUUCAUGGCGCCCGCGACUGGGGUUUUGUUGUCAGACUAUCACAUCAUCCGCCGCCGCAAAUUGAAGCUCAACGAUCUCUACACCGGGAACAGCUCGUCGAUCUACUGGUUCAAUAAAGGUGUAAACUGGCGGGCCAUUGUGGCAUUCUUCAGUGGAGUUUGGCCACUACUGCCUGGUCUUGUCGGAACUGUCAACAGCGUCCCCGAUGCUUCUUUUGUCGGCUGGAUCCGUCUCUACAAUCUCACCUUCAUCGUCGGGCUGGCCAUCAGCUUCUCCGUGUUCUGGGUUCUGAAUGUUAUCUCUCCACCUCCUGGACUUGGGGAAGAGGCUCCUUUCGUCGAUGACGACGUUCUAUACGGACUCGGCGAAGAGAGUUCGGAGCAUGGCACCGAGAAGCCCGCACCGAUUGCAGACAAACAUGCUGCCCAAGCCACAGUGUCUGCUUAG